AUCACAUCCUAAAAACUAUUAACUUAUUUAUUGUUUUUUAUUUGUGUUUAAUAACUAUUCACGAAGAAGCAUAAGCACUUUUGGCGAUGACGAUGCGCGUGUUUUUCCACGUAUCGGGCAACAUCGCCGGCGACCCGACUCAUUGCCGCCGGUUGCAAUAUCACUCAUGAAAACGUAAUUUCUGAAACGAGAAGAGUCUCUGUCCGUCGUUUACGUCCUCCACGGUCGUUUCCGCGUUAAUCCCUUUCCAAGAAUUGGGAUGAAGAAGGCGUCACCUGUGACGUUGGAUCACGUGCUUCUGGCGUCGCAGGAGACGAAGGAGGCGCGUGAGGUGCGGAUUCGGAACCUCUUCGAAUUCUUCGACAGAGAGAAUCGCGGGUUCUUGGACUACGCGCUCAUCGAGGCGGGUCUCUCGGCGCUUCAGAUUCCGUCGGAGUACAAGUACGCGAAGGAUUUGUUGAACGCUUGCGAUGCGAACAAUGAUGGGAGAGUGGAUUUCCAAGAGUUCAGGAGGUACAUGGACGACAAGGAGUUGGAGAUUUACAGCAUUUUUCAGGCCAUCGAUGUAGCACACAAUGGCUGCAUUUUGCCGGAGGAGCUUUGGGAGGCUCUCGUAAAAGCAGGGAUAAAGAUUGAUGAUGAGGAACUUGCCCGUUUUGUUGAGCAUGUUGAUAAGGAUAAUAAUGGUGUUAUAACAUUUGAAGAAUGGAGGGAUUUUCUGCUGCUUUACCCUCACGAGGCAACUAUCGAGAACAUUUACCAUUAUUUGGAGCGGCUAUGUAUGGUUGAUAUUGGGGAACAGUCUGUUAUUCCAGCAGGCAUUAGUAAGCACAUUCAUGCCAGUAGGUAUCUGAUUGCAGGAGGAGUAGCAGGUGCUACAUCACGCACAGCAACUGCACCACUUGAUCGUCUAAAGGUUGUAAUGCAAGUCCAAACAACACGAGCUCAGAUAAUGCCUGCGAUAAAAGCUAUAUGGAGAGAAGGUGGUUUAUUAGGAUUUUUUCGAGGGAAUGGCUUAAAUGUUCUAAAGGUUGCCCCUGAGAGUGCCAUUAGAUUUUAUAGCUAUGAGAUGUUGAAGACCUUUAUUGUAAGGGCCAAAGGGGAAGAGACACAGGCUAAUAUUGGACCUAUGGGGCGGCUAUUAGCUGGUGGUAUUGCUGGUGCUAUAGCUCAAACUGUAAUAUAUCCCAUGGAUCUUGUUAAAACGCGACUGCAAACCUAUGCUUGUGAAAGCAGACGAAUUCCUAGUCUUGGAACCCUUUCAAAAGAAAUUUGGCUUCAGGAGGGACCCCGAGCAUUUUACAGGGGAUUGGUUCCUUCUCUUCUUGGGAUUAUCCCUUAUGCUGGUAUAGAUCUCGCUGCGUAUGAAACCUUGAAGGAUAUGUCCAAGCAGUAUAUUAUUCGUGAUGGAGAACCUGGCCCUCUAGUGCAAUUGGGAUGUGGGACUGUAUCCGGGGCUGUUGGAGCAACGUGCGUUUACCCACUACAGGUGGUUAGAACAAGAAUGCAGGCUCAACGCUCUUAUAAGGGAAUGGGUGAUGUAUUCAGGAAAACCUAUAAAAAUGAAGGCUUUAAGGGAUUCUACAAAGGAAUAUUUCCUACCUUACUCAAGGUUGUACCCUCAGCAAGUUUCACCUACUUGGUUUAUGAGAGUACGAAAAAAAGUUUGCAUUUGGAGUGAAGAAAUUUCUUGCAUGGUAAUUAAUCUUAUUGACAUGGCUGACCGUUGGCAACUAUACAUUAGGAAUGGUUUUGCAGUGAAGAUAUUGAUUACAAGAAUAAAAUCAACAAUUGCUUAUUGUGACAAUUGUCUAUAUCCAUUAUUUUUUAAAUAGCAGUAAAUCCUUCAAAAUUCUUAGGAGGACAAAAUUGGUUUGUCCGGCUUGGUUCUUCAUUAAACUAAAAUGAAGUUUCAUAUAUCUAUUAGCUCAUUUUUGUAUGAUAGAGAAGCACACUGUACUCAGUUAGGAUCCAAUUUUGUAAUUGUAAUUUUGUAAUUGUAAUUAUUUAGUGGCUCAUAUUGAUCA